AUGGGUGAAUCUGUGGCCUCACAAGUGCUGCAUAAACUUACAGAGUUGGUGGUACAUGAAGCCAUCUUCAUGUUUGGAGUGAGAAAGAAGUUUGAGGGGAUGAAGGCAGAGCUCGAGUAUAUCAAGUGCUUCCUCAGGGAUGCUGAUGCCAAAAAAAGGAAGAAUGAAACGAUCAAGAAAUGGGUGCAUGAUAUCAUUGACAUGUCCUACCAAGCUGAGGAUGCCAUUGAUUCAUUUCUCCUCUUGGUCCAGCAGCCCACACAAUUCCCCUGCUUCCUUGACUGCAUCACUAGUAUCACACCUUGUCAGUUGAUGGAAUGGCAUAGGAAUGGUGUGGAUAUUGACAAAAUAAAAGAAAGGAUCAAAGAGAUAAAGUCCCUUACAGCGGAGUAUGGCAUUCAAAGCUUAGGGGAUGAUGCGGAGAAUGUGAAUACAUCACUGAGGAGAAGACACUCACCAUCCGAAGCUGAGAAUGUGGACAUGAGAACCCCCAUGCUGGACCGGAACAGUGCCAUCCCAGCAUCCAUGCUGCGCGUCCUUCUUCUCACCAUGCCUCAACUUCAUCCCAACCACGCUGUGCGAGGACAUUUUCCUCUGCGCAUUUGGAUUGUUGUCACUCAUUUCAGUGGACCAGUUGAGCUUUUGGCAAAGCUAAUUCAAGAUGUUACAGUGCGAAGAUUGUUUGGGUUUGUGAUGAACAGAAGCAGAGUCUUGGUCACCACCCGGUUUAAGGAUAUUGCCAUGCAAGAAGACCCAAACCCUUGUGAACUCCGUUUCUUGAAUGACGAUGAGAGUGUGGAGCUUCUUCUCAAAAAGGCAUUUCCGUAUCAAAAUGUAGAGACAAAUUGUCCUAAAGAAUUGAUUGAUCUUGCACCACAGCUAGCAAAAAAUGAGGUGGCUUAUCUCUUGCUCUAUCUGUUCUCGGCGGUCAUCUCUCUAUCAAGGAGAACACUCCGAUCAUGUGAUAUCAGUGACCAUGUUAGUCAAGCUCUAGGUUGCAGAAAGAAUGAGGCAGAAAAGGAUGGUUUCCUCAAAAUUUAUACUGGUAGAGCAAGUUCUUAUACAAAUGUUGGUCGUCUUACUAUCUACUAUAGUAGAGACAACACUGAUGUGCAGAUUCAUGAUCAGAGCUAA